UUCUCCCCACGCCGCCGCUGCCCCGCGCCCCAAAUCCCGGCGUGCCGGCACCGGGAACGCCCCGGAUCCCAGCCCGGACCCCUCCCCAGCCCCCUCCCCAGCGCCGCGGGCCGGAGCCACCCCAGGGAAUUUUGGAGACCGGAUUUGUCACCGAGGGGUCAAUCCAGGAUCCGAGCCCUCGGCUCCUGCUCAGAAUCCCGGGAUGGAGCCGCUGGCUCCCGCCGCCCUCCUGGCCCUGCUGGUGCUGGCACUGGGACACCCCGACCCCGCGCUGGACCGGCACUGGGAGCUCUGGAAAAAAUCCUACGGCAAGGAAUAUCAUCCCCAGGAGGAUUUUCUCCGCCGCCUGACGUGGGAGAAGAACCUGUGGCUGGUGACCCUGCACAACCUGGAGCACUCCCUGGGGCUCCGCUCCUACAUGCUGGGGAUGAACCACCUGGGGGACAUGACCAGCGAGGAGGUGGCGGCUUCGCUGACGCGGCUCCAGAUCCGUCCUCGUCCCCGUCGGAAUUCUGCAUUCCCGGCCCAAUUCCGGCCGCUCGGUGACAUCCCCGAGGAGCUGGACUGGCGGGACAAGGGCUGCGUGACCGAGGUGAAGAACCAGGGCGCCUGCGGAUCCUGCUGGGCCUUCAGCGCCGUGGGAGCGCUGGAAGCGCAGGUGAAGCUGAAAACCGGGAAUUUGGUGUCCCUGAGCGCCCAGAACCUGGUGGAUUGCUCCGGGAUGUACGGGAACAAGGGCUGCGCCGGGGGGUUCAUGACGGAGGCGUUCCAGUACAUCAUCGACAACGGCGGCAUCGAGUCCGAGGAGUCCUAUCCCUACACGGCUCAGAACGGGACGUGCCACUACAACGCCUCCGCCCGCGCCGCCUCCUGCUCCCGGUUCCUGGAGCUGCCCGAGGGCGACGAGGCCGCGCUCAGGGACGCCGUGGCCACCGUGGGCCCCGUGGCCGUGGCCAUCGACGCCACCCGGCCCAGCUUCUUCCUGUACCGCUCCGGGGUGUUUGAUGACCCCCAGUGCUCGCAGGAGGUGAACCACGGCGUGCUGGUGGUGGGAUACGGCUCCCUGGAAAACAAGGAAUACUGGCUGGUGAAGAACAGCUGGGGCGUGCACUUCGGAGACGCGGGGUACAUCCGCAUGGCCCGCAACGCCUCCAACCUCUGCGGCAUCGCCAGCUACGCCUCCUACCCGCUGAUCUAGCCGGACCUGCGCUCCCAACACCGCCCCAGAGCUCCAGAUUUCCGUGGAUCCCAUUCCAGGGGCGCUGGGCACCCUCUGAUGGUUGGAUCCGAGGGGUGGGAGUGGGAGUGGCGUUGGUGGGCAUCCGGGGAAUGCUUUUUUUGGUAAGGGGAAAUUGGGGGUUUGGGUAAAGUGGUGAUUCCUGCAGGGAUCAGGUACAGGGAUAACAGGGAUCGGGUACAGGGGUCACUGGGAUCAUUGGGGUCACAGGGAUCACUGGGAUCACUGGGAUUGGGUACCAGGACCACAGGGAUCAUUGGGAUCAAGUAUCAGCACCACAGGGGUCAUUGGGAUCACUGGGAUCACUGGGAUUGGGUGCCAGGAUCACUGGGAUCACAGGGAUCAUUGGAAUCAUGUACAGGGAUCACAGGGAUCAUUGGGAUCGUGUUUCAGGAUCACUGGGAUCACUGGGGUCAUUGGGGUCACAGGGAUCAUUGGGAUCAGGUACAAGGAUCACUGGGAUUGAGUGCCAGGAUCACUGGGAUCACAGGGAUCAUUGGAAUCAUGUACAGGGAUCACAGGGAUCAUUGAGAUCCUUGGGGUCAGGUACUGGGAUCACGGGGAUCAUUUGGGUCAGUGGGAUCAGGUGUCAGUUCACAAGGAUCACAGAGAUCAUUGGGAUUGGGUGCCAGGAUCACUGGGAUCAUUGGGAUCAGGUACAGGGAUCCUUGGGAUCACUGGGAUCAUUGGGAUUGGGUACUAGGAUCACUGAGAUCACUGGAAUCAUGUACAGGGAUCAUUGGGGUCAUUGGGAUCGUGUGUCAGAUCACUGGGAUCACAGGGAUCAUUGGAAUCAUGUACAGGGAUCACAGGGAUCAUUGAGAUCCUUGGGGUCAGGUACUGGGAUCACGGGGAUCAUUUGGGUCAGUGGGAUCAGGUGUCAGUUCACAAGGAUCACAGAGAUCAUUGGGAUUGGGUGCCAGGAUCACAGGGAUCAUUGGGAUCAGGUACUGGGAUCACAGGGAUCGUGGAUUCCUCCCUCCGGAGCUGCUGGAAUUGCAGAUAUUCCAUGGAAAAUAAAAGAUUGCAUUUUGCUGCCUCAAAA